UUUGGGAGGAUCGGGAGAGAGAAAAGCUCUUUGUGGCGAGGGGCUCUUGGGUGGUCGCGGAGUUGUGCUGUGUGCUGUGGGAAAGGGAAGUGGAGGUCUCUGAAAGAAGAUGAAUUUGGCUGAGAUUUGUGACAAUGCAAAGAAAGGAAGAGAAUAUGCACUUCUUGGAAACUAUGAUUCAUCGAUGGUAUAUUAUCAGGGAGUAAUACAGCAGAUUCAGAGACAUUGUCAGUCGGUCAGAGACCCAGCUGUCAAAGGCAAAUGGCAACAGGUUCGUCAGGAAUUAUUGGAAGAAUAUGAACAAGUUAAAAGUAUUGUCAGCACUUUAGAAAGUUUUAAAAUCGACAAACCUCCAGAUUUCCCUGUGUCCUGUCAAGAUGAACCAUUUAGGGAUCCUGCUGUUUGGCCACCCCCGGUGCCUGCAGAACACAGAGCUCCACAUCAAAUAAGGCGUCCCAAUCGAGAAGUAAGACCUCUGAGGAAAGAAAUGCCAGGAAUAGGCGCACGGGGACCUGUAGGCCGAGCACAUCCUAUAUCAAAGAGUGAAAAACCCUCUACAAGUAGGGAGAAGGAUUCUAGAGCAAGAGGGAAAGAUGACAAGGGGAGGAAAAAUAUGCAAGAUGGUGCAAGUGAUGGUGAAAUCCCAAAAUUUGAUGGUGCUGGAUAUGAUAAGGAUCUGGUGGAAGCUCUUGAGAGAGACAUUGUGUCCAGGAAUCCUAGCAUUCAUUGGGAUGAUAUAGCUGAUCUGGAAGAAGCUAAGAAGUUAUUAAGAGAAGCUGUUGUUCUUCCAAUGUGGAUGCCUGAUUUUUUCAAAGGAAUUAGAAGACCAUGGAAGGGUGUACUGAUGGUUGGACCUCCAGGUACUGGCAAGACUAUGCUAGCUAAAGCUGUUGCCACUGAAUGUGGCACGACAUUCUUCAAUGUUUCCUCUUCUACACUGACGUCUAAAUAUAGAGGUGAAUCUGAGAAGUUAGUCCGUCUGUUAUUUGAAAUGGCUAGAUUUUAUGCCCCCACCACAAUCUUCAUUGAUGAGAUAGAUUCUAUCUGCAGUCGAAGAGGAACCUCUGAUGAACAUGAGGCAAGUCGCAGAGUCAAGUCUGAACUACUCAUUCAGAUGGAUGGAGUUGGGGGAGCUUUAGAGAAUGACGAUCCUUCCAAAAUGGUUAUGGUAUUGGCUGCUACUAAUUUCCCAUGGGACAUAGAUGAAGCUUUGCGAAGGCGAUUAGAAAAAAGAAUUUACAUACCUCUCCCAACAGCAAAAGGGAGAACUGAACUUCUGAAGAUCAAUCUUCGUGAGGUUGAAUUAGACCCUGAUAUUCAACUGGAGGAUAUAGCUGAGAAGAUUGAGGGCUAUUCUGGUGCUGAUAUAACUAAUGUUUGCAGGGAUGCCUCUUUAAUGGCAAUGAGACGGCGAAUUAAUGGCUUAAGUCCAGAAGAAAUCCGUGCACUUUCUAAAGAGGAACUUCAGAUGCCUGUUACCAAAGGAGAUUUUGAAUUGGCUCUUAAGAAAAUUGCUAAGUCUGUCUCUGAUGCAGACUUGGAGAAGUAUGAAAAGUGGAUGGCUGAAUUUGGAUCUGCUUGAAUUUCUGUCAGCUUUUUCAUUUAUGGUAUUUUUCUUUAUAAAGUAUGAAGAAAGUCCUACCAUUUUUUUCUUAAAAACAGGUUUGGAAUUUUCACAGGUUUGGAGAGAUUUUCACUUAAAAGAAAAAGAAAAAAAAUCUAAGACCAGAAAGACUAUUAAGUGUUGUCAUAUAAGAAAAAUUUACAAGGAGUGCCUGGUAGUCUCCAUCUCCUGGCUUUGUGCUCCUGUUCCACAUGUCCAUGCACUGUGUUGCACACUCUAACCAGUGUGUGUGGGAGGCUGAGGAGAUCGAGCAGUGUGCUGUUGCAGAAACCUGUUUUUAAAAGAUUUCAGAAAGGACGCUGUUUCUCACUUGAAUUUUUAGGGUUUUUGCCCUCAUUUUUCUGAAUGUGAAGGACAUAUGUAUAAGUCAACUUUUAACAUUGAAACUGUUUGUCAAAUUCCUUGUUAAGAAAAAGUAGUUUGGGAUUAAAUAAUGAACACUUUAAAAUUCAAGUAUUACUCUUGAAAUCUAGGAUAUAAUUAAAACUUUUACCCUGUUUCCUUACCAUUCUUCUAUUAGCUAUUUAAUAAUUUAUUGAGCUUUAUGGGGCAUAUCUUCAUGCUUUUUAGUUCGUUUUUGAAUUAUUUUUGCUAGAUCAUUUCUUUGUUCUUCAGUUUUUUUGUUGGUACCUUUUGUAUUUCAUCAUAUUUGAAAAGUAGGAAGGUUAUUUAUGAUGGCACAAGAUGCACUUCAUUCUAGACUUCUAAUAUUUUUCACUUUUCUCAAUAUGUUCAAAAAGAUAAUCUCUUUGUUUUUUUUCCUCUGCUCCAACAUUGUUUCAUUUUGCUGAAUUUGAUGCUCAUCCUCUAAGUAAAUACUUUGGUAUUCUAAACAUGGCCACUCUUGGGGCUAGUGCAAAGCAAACAAGAUAAAAUAUAGUUUUCCAAGACAGCUUUCUUAACAAAAUAAAAUCAUACAUAAUAGAUGAUGUUCAUUUGAAAAUUUUAAAGUUGUUCCUUGUUUAGUUUGAGAACUUGUACACACAAGAAUUAGUAUUGAAAUUUGACAUGCUUAUGUAAUUCAGUAGGAAUUAGACUGUAGAAAGAAGCCUUAAAAAGUAGAUGGUGUAUAUCUAAUCACAAGUAAAGACUCCUGCUUAUUAGUGUUUUAAAAUUACAUUUAUCCUACUUUCAUUGGGCAACCUAUGCAUCAAGUUCGAACUUUUCAAAAAUUGUAAUUUGACAAGAUCUUAAAUCUUUAAUUUUCAACU